AUGGCGACGUCAGGAACAUAUGUGACGGAGGUUUCGUUGAAGGGAUCAGCGGAGAAACACUACAAGCGGUGGAAGAAUGAGAACCACCUCUUCCCUGACGCCGUUGGCCACCACAUUCAAGGUGUCACCGUCCACGAUGGUGAAUGGGACUCUCAUGGAUCCAUCAAGAUUUGGGACUACACAUGCGAUGGGAAAAAGGAGGUGUUCAAGGAGCAGAGGGAGAAUGACGAUGACAACAUGGCGGUUACGCUGAGAGGGCUCGAAGGUCACGUGAUGGAGGAGCUUAAAGUCUAUGACGUCAUCUUUCAGUUCAUUCAAAAGUCGCCUGGUGAUAUUAUCUGCAAGAUCACUAUGAUCUGGGAGAAGCGAAUCGAUGACUCGCCUGAGCCCAUCAACUACAUGAAGUUCGUGAAGAGCAUGGUUGCUGAUAUGGACGACCACGUUAUCAAAGCUUAA